UAAAAGGACUGGUAUGUACGUGUGUAACGUUUAUAGACACUCCCCCAAUUACGUAGUGCCUUAUAGGGUGUGUAAGUAGCAGCUGAAGGUACCUAGGUAAUAAUCCAUCAAUUGUUAUGCUACAAGACUCAGCCUUGCAAAGUUUCUUCAAACCAUUUGAACUUACUUUUUUACUUCCAAACUAAAACAAAAUUAAACAAAUUCCCUUUGAAAGAUACAAGAAUAUAAAAGGGAAUUGUUUACUUUGAUCUGCAGUGGUGACUAGUAUAUCAAUCAUCGGGUUGAUACAUACCCACGUACUAAGAGGAGGGACAGACAAAAUACUGCCCCGCCAAAUAUUUUCUACACUGGAAAUCCACAUGCGCUUAGUCUCUACAGCAUAAUCUUUGCAAAAGAAACAUCACUUCUUCCUCAUCUCGACACGAUAAUUCCUAAUCCUACCAUGGCAACUCCUGGACCGGGUGCUGCUAGCGACGAUGUCGACCUUUAUGAACUCCUUGGCGUCGAGAAAGACGCGAGUCCAAACGACAUAAAGAAGGCAUACCGAAAACUUGCUCUUCAACAUCAUCCCGACAAGGUCCCCGAAGAACAACGAGCAGAGUCGGAAGUCAAGUUCAAGUCUGUAACGCAAGCCUACGAGAUCCUCCGAGACGAAGACAAGCGUGCUCUCUACGAUAAGCAUGGCAUGGCCGCAUUCGACCCCUCCCGAGGAGGAGGUAUGGGCGAAGAGGUGGAUAUCAAUGACAUCCUAGCACAAAUGUUCGGUAUGGGCAUGGGUGGCGGCAUGGGUGGUCCUGGAGCUGGUCCCAGGAGGCCCAGACGCGGUCCUGAUGAAGAAUCCAAGUACACCGUCACCUUAGAGGAUCUCUACAAGGGCAAGACAGUUAAGUUCGCCGCCAACAAAAACGUUGUCUGCGCGACUUGUAAGGGAUCCGGUGGAAAGGAUAAGGUAAAGCCCCAGCAAUGCGACCGCUGCAAGGGUCACGGUGUUGUAGAAGCCUUCCGACAAGUCGGACCUGGCCUGGUCACUCGCGAAUCGGCCGUAUGCGAUAGGUGUUCGGGUUCCGGAAAUUACUUUAAGGAGAAGGACCGAUGCAAGAAGUGUAAGGGCAAGCGCACUGUCCUGGAGACAAAGCCGCUUGAAAUCUACAUUCCCCGCGGUUCACGCCAGGGAGAACGGAUCGUGCUAGAGGGUGAAGCAGACCAACACCCCGACCAAACACCGGGUAACCUCGUUUUCGUCCUCGACGAAGAGCCUCAUGAUGUAUUCAACCGGAUCGGAAACGACCUUUCCGCCGACUUGGACAUCACUAUUAGCGAGGCUCUUUGCGGCUUUUCCCGUGUUGUUCUUCAGCAUCUUGAUGGCCGAGGCAUUCAGAUCACCCACCCGCGGGGUAAGGUACUACACCCCGGACAGGUACUUAAAGUAGAGGGAGAAGGUAUGCCCCAAAAACGAGGAGAUGCCAAUGGUGACCUCUACCUUGUUGUCAAGGUAGAGUUCCCUGAGGAUGGAUGGCUUAAGGAUGAUGCGGCCUACGAAUCCCUUCAGAAGCUUCUGCCAGGCCCGCCUCCGGAGAUCAAGGCCGAAGAGAUUGACGAUGUCGCUUACGAUGACGAUGCUGAUAUUGAUGAGAUGGGUGCAAACUCGGGUGAUCCACGAUUCGGAGAUGGCUGGGAGGAUGAUGACGACGAAGGUGGACAGCCUCAAUGCGCACAGCAGUAAUGAAUUACGAGACAUGAGGAUUGGUUUAUUUGGCAGAUUGUAAACGCAUGAAGCCAAUCCAUAUUCGCGAUAGGAGUACGGAUAACUCCCUUAUAACUCGGU